AAGGCAGUAUCACUUUGCGAGCUAAAGCAAGAACUUCGCCAGCGUGCUUGUCGAGGGCUGUGGCCCGUCGCUGACGCGAACCUUGUUUCAGAUACUUUCAAAAGAUCUUUGAACACCAAGACGCACGAUCGCAAGCUACGCAGUAUUUGGAUUCUGACCGCGUAUAAAGUUUCAUAGCGUAACUUAAAAAAAAAAAAAAAAAAUUCACUAUCGCUAUCUCUGCAAGAAAAGUGACAUAAUAAAAAAUCUGGCUGCCCAAACGAAAAAGUUUAUGUUUUCAAAACCAAAACCUGUACGUUUACCGAAUAAAACCAUAUUAAAAUGGCCAACGAUACUACCAUCCAAAUUACGUCAAAAGACAACAAACAAAUGAAGACAUUUUUCUUGGAUCUGACAGAACGACGACUACGGAGCGUUUGCGGGGACUGCACCACAAUUUACGACAAUCUGGGAAAGCAUCCUUGGCUUUCUCUAUGGAUUUUAUUGAAAGUGGCGGACAGCGUUCUCAGAGGCAUUGCACAGGUAUGCUUCGCAAACAACACAUUUUCCGGACUGCUAAUUUUAAUAGGUCUCUUCGUUGGGGAUGUCAGAGCAGGUGGAGGAGCUGUUUUGUGUUCAGUAAUUGCUAUAGCUACCGCAAAGUUUACUCAUCAAGAUGACGGUGCCAUUAGAGCAGGGCUAACGAACUUCAGCCCAGUUUUGGUAGGCACUGUGACGGCGUCACUGUAUCCCUUAUUCUUCUUCAAGCCGUUCAACACUGACAUUUGGCUAUACAUGAUGAUGACCACCGUUUUCAGCGUGUGCGUGAGCAUCGGCUUAGGGGCACUGUUAAGCAAGCACAAUCUUCCUGGUUACACGCUGCCAUUCAAUAUUUCCACUUCCAUCAUAUUUUUAUGCUUGAGAGCAAAAGGAUACGCCGAAGAACCUAUCCAAAAUACUGCUGCUGGAAUCAGCAACGUUACAGAACAUGCCAACUUUACAUCGGGAGCCGAACUUUCCCCAGUAUCUGCAACUAUCCAGUGGGAUCAGGUUUGGCUUGGAACACUUCUCACAGUAGGACAAGUCUACGCAGUUGAGAGUAUUGCAUGUUCCAUUUUAAUCAUGAUUGGACUGGUGAUCUGCUCUCCAAUGAUUGCUGCAGCCUCAUACCUGGGUGGUCUGCUUGCGACUUUUACAGCAUUAGCAGUUUCAUCAGCGCCUUACACGUUGGUGUAUGCAGGUGUUUGGGGCUACAAUGGAUUCUUAUCAGCAGCAUGUAUAACUUUCUUUAUGGUGCCAAACCCAAAGAUGAUAAUCAUGGCAGCCAUUAACGCCGUCUUUACAUCUUGUCUUCAGGCUGCCAUCGUUCCUGUAUUCUCAGCGAAUAACCUCCCAGUAUUCACAUACCCUUUCUGUCUAAGCUCACUUUUGUUUCUGGCUCUAACUACGAACGCAGGAAUGGGAAGCCAGAGAGUUGCGAACCCUACAUACCCAGAACAUCAUCUUGCUCUUUAUCUCGAGACGUCUGAGGGUAUCAACGACUAGACCAGUCACGCCAACGAGAACAUACUAUGCAAGUUCAGCAACAAAUUUUAAGUUAACAUGAAUUACACAAGAAUUACACCAAGACAUGUCAAAAUAUUCACUAUAAUUGUUGAUGCAAGAAUCAAGUGAUACUGUUAAAGGCCGAUUCACUGACAUUCUGGCAAGUCUAAUCUGACUCCAAUGGUCCGAUUGGAUUAAUUCUGGAAUCCCCUACUACUAUAUCAACGUAAAAACUAUGCUUUAUCCGAGGCUAAACUCUGCAAAAGUCUGAGGCCAAACUCUGACAAAGCAUACUAGGCUAAAGUCCUAUUCAAGAUCUUCCAAACAUUAGCUGUAAGAAUAUUCUAUAUGCAAAAAGUGAUGUAGCAAAUAUGAGCAAGAAAAAUAUAAAUGAAAGGUCGACCAAGAA